ACUUGGUCACACUUGCAUUUAGUUCGCGCAUCGUCUGAGCAAAAAAAAAAGACUAAUUGAAGUCGGCGAAUUUGGCAAAGUGAGAGUGCAAAAAAUAGGUAACUCUCGGAUUGUUGUUGUUAUUGAUGCAUCAUUGAGUCGAACGGGGAACCUGCAAACGAAAUCAUUCACCUGCCAGCGGGAAUAAGACGGAGAUUUUGCAGCUGGUCGUCCCCCACCGCCUCCGCCGACGUUCCCUGCCCCUUCCCCCAUCGGACGCCGCCGCCGCCGCCGCUGUUCGUGGAUUGUUGUUGUUUUUCCCUCGAAAAUUUUCGUUAGUUUUCGUUUCGUUGUUUGUUUAUUGAAACGAAAGUACAGCGGAAAAGGAGCUGGGAGAGGAGCAGGACCACUAACUGGAAUCGGAGCUAGCGCAGGAGCCGGAAGAGUGCCGUGAAAAUGUCGAAGAACAAGCUGAACCUGGUGCUGCCGCCGGUGAAUUCGGAGGCAACUGGUGCGGCCACCCAAGUGGCACCCACACCGCCAUUCAAAACCCCCUCGGGCACAGACACACACAGUUUGCUGGGCAAGCCGAAGACGAGCAUCGAUGCGCUGACGGAGACACUGGAGGGCCUGGACAUGGACGACACGGAACGGAAAAGGAUCAAGGUCUUCCUCAGCCAAAAGGAGAAGAUCGGCGAGCUGUCGGACGAGGAUCUGGAGAAGCUCGGCGAGCUGGGCUCCGGCAACGGAGGCGUCGUCAUGAAGGUCCGGCACACGCACACACACCUGAUAAUGGCCAGGAAACUGAUCCACCUGGAGGUGAAGCCGGCGAUCAAGAAACAGAUCCUGCGCGAGCUAAAGGUCCUCCACGAAUGCAACUUCCCGCACAUCGUCGGAUUCUACGGCGCCUUUUACAGUGACGGUGAAAUCAGCAUCUGCAUGGAAUACAUGGAUGGGGGAUCCCUCGAUCUGAUCCUGAAGCGGGCUGGCCGGAUACCAGAGUCGAUUCUGGGCCGGAUAACACUGGCCGUGCUGAAGGGAUUGAGCUACCUGCGCGACAAGCACGCCAUCAUCCAUCGGGACGUGAAGCCGAGCAAUAUUCUCGUCAAUAGCAGCGGCGAGAUAAAGAUCUGUGAUUUCGGCGUUUCCGGCCAGUUGAUAGACUCCAUGGCCAACUCGUUUGUGGGCACCCGCAGCUACAUGUCGCCGGAGCGACUGCAGGGCACUCACUACUCCGUGCAGUCGGACAUCUGGUCGCUGGGCCUGUCACUGGUGGAAAUGGCCAUUGGCAUGUACCCGAUCCCGCCGCCGAACACCGCCACGUUAGAGUCAAUAUUCGCGGACAAUGCCGAGGAGGGUGGCCAGCCGGUGGACGAGCCGCGGGCAAUGGCCAUAUUCGAGCUUCUGGACUACAUUGUGAACGAACCGCCGCCAAAGCUGGAGCACAAGAUAUUCUCCAACGAGUUCAAGGACUUUGUGGACAUUUGCUUGAAGAAGCAGCCCGACGAGCGAGCCGAUCUCAAGACCCUGCUGAGUCAUCCGUGGAUACGCAAGGCGGAGGUGGAGGAGGUGGAUAUAUCGGGAUGGGUGUGCAAGACAAUGGAUCUGCCGCCGUCGACGCCAAAGCGCAAUACGUCGCCCAACUAGAUGCAGAUGCAGCUGUAAGGCAUUCACUACAUCAUAGGCAUCUCCGGCAUCUCGGGUGCACUUCGGGGCACCCCGAUCCCGAUCCGAUCUUCAUUACCUUCCUAUAUCCGCUCACGCAUACACGUUAUUUAUUUGUAUGUAGCCAUGUACUGUUGUAUCAUAUGUAGGCGGGUAUAUAUACGUUUUAGGUAUAUGCAUGUUAUAUAUAUCCAUUUCUUUCGAUUCCUUCCGACCUCUAUCUGUAUGUGUCCCCCAUCACACGACCCCUGUCCCCGUCUCCCGAUUUGGCUUUGGCUGCAUCUUCGCCGCACAAAGCCAGACAACUGAAUGAAAGAACUUGCAAUUAAAUCGAAAAUAAAGAAAUCGAAGUCAUACCAUGUACGGUGAGAAA